AUGGUGCGCGUGCCCUCGAAUCAUCUCUCGCGUGCAGUCGGCAUGGCGCAGAGCGGCCUCCGCGGGCGCGGCGCCUCGCGCGCCCUCGCGCAUGUGCCGAGCCUCCCCGGGUCUCUGCUGCUUCUCGGCGGCCUCCUCGUCUGUUGUGCCGUCUCUGCGGCGGGCAGCCUGAGCAGUGCGGCGCAGCAGCAGCGGGGCGUGGAGUCCCUGCUGGACAACCUGGCCUGUGUCGACUCCUCGCCAGCGGUCGCUCCUCUCUCCGGGAGCUCGUGGGAGCAACUGCGGUGCGUGGACGCGGCCGCAGUCAGUUUGCUCUCUUCCCGCAAAGCCGUUCAGCCGGGCAACGUGCUGCUCAUGUUGGACAUCGACGACACGCUCAUAGCCUCGGGCGGCUGGUCGGCGGUCAUGGGCAAGUCGCUGGGCGGCGUGGACGAUCGGUACGCGCGCGGCUCCGACUACCCCGGCCUCGGCUCCGUGCUCUUUCUCACGGCCCUGGGGCCGCAUGCCCGCCACUCGAAAACGGGCCAGCUGCGCGAGUUCGCCCCGCCCACCAACGUGAUGGUUGUCACAGCCCGACCGAAUCUCUCGCUCUUCCGGCCAGAGCACCUGUUCACCCAACUGAGCUCCAUUCUACUCAGGGGCGCCAGACAAAUCAUGGGCGAGGCAGCUCCACCUUGGCGCGUCGGCUCUGAGAAUGUGAUCAACCCCGUCAGAGCCCUGGCAGGCUGCGGCGCCCGAGGCGAGAACAAGUUGGCCUUCAUCACCAAGGUGAUGGCGAACGGCCAGCCCAUCGGAGACUCUUUCAUCGACGACAAGACAAAGUACAUAUUCGUCGGCGAUACCGCUGAGAGAGACCUAGAGGUGGGAGUGGGGCUUGCGACGGUGGCGUCCGAGUUCAUGCUCGCGCACUUUGUCCACGUGAUUCACUCGCACAAGGAUCCGGCGGCGAAACAGAGCAUAUCCUCUCCUCAGAAACUCGACGAAGAUUUGCUCAACCGAGCGGGUGCGGCGUUACAAGAUGCUUUGGUUGGAGCUGCGCGCGCCGCCUUCACUGCGGGAAGGCUCCUGAAGGAGGCCGAGGCAGACAAGAGUGCGAGGCACCGGGCCGCCCCCGAGGGCUUGUUAGGCAACCAAAGCUCCAGCAAACAGAAGACCAGCUUCUACGACACGCUAGGCAACACCAGCCGCUUCGGCAUUAAACUGGGCAACACGUUGGUGGACGCGAUUUCGCUCACAUACGAGGUGACGAUCUCCGCUGACGACGAAGAUGGGCCGCGGUCGUGUGCGCAGCUGAGUGCGCGGCAGGCGUACCAAGUGGGGACGCUGGUGGGCGACAAGAUUCGCGCGAUUCUCGACUUGUACGAGCACCGCUGGCGGCAGUCCUACGCGCGUUUCCGCGGGAUGGAUGACCAGGCUCCGACGUCUCCGCCCCGCAUGCCGCCACUGUUUUUCGUCAAGUGUACCGGCGUCAAGCUGCGCGUGGCGGACGACGUGAAACUCUCCUCGCCGCUGGGCGAGUGGAUCUCCGAGAUCGCCGGCGCGUCGGCGAAUUCCGUCAGAGUCCGCUUCCGCGGAAACCCCGCGCUGGCACCAGGCAGCGAACUGCGACUCGCGAGCCUGAAGGACGGUGAACUCCUCGACGAAGUCGGCACGCCGGUCGUCCCCUACGUUACAAGCGUCUCCGCCGUCACGCAGGCGUACGCUCUCGGCUUGGUCGACUUGACCGACGUCGUCGUUGCCGUCAGAAAGACGUUCGAGGCGCUCCGCUCGCAAGGCCCGCUUGCGCGGCCUGCGCGGCUGGCUUCGCUUCUGGAUCACCAGCACGACCUCGAAGCCCUUCUGGCUCUGCUCUUCCCCGGCGGCGUCGCCGCGCUGCCUGCGAGUGUGCCUGCGCGUGUGCGGGCGAUGGCCGAGUUCCUGGAGCAGGUGCUGCAGGUGCAGAAGGCAUUCAUCCGGCGCGCGGCGUAUAUUCGGGCCUCGCCUGACCGGAUGGCGUCGUGUGUCCGCGAGAUGGAGGCGGCCGCCGAUCUGCACUAUUUCAACCGUGUCAAGCGCGAGCGCGCAAACGCAGCGGAGAAGAGCGCGGGUCCGUCAUUCUCACGUAACCAGAUGCUGAUCUUCACGCGGGCGUUCGCCGAAAUCGCCUGCGAGUACGACGUCGAAAUCGCCAGUGUGAAACUCGCGGGAGCGACGGAGCUCGAGGGCCUCUCGGUGUUGCUCAGCCGACUCGUGAGGCAGCUGCUGUCGACAGCAGAUGAGACCGUGAGCGGGAGUGAAGGCGCGCAGAAAGAGAAGAAGCAGGCAGAGAGUUCCUCGAGGCUUCGCGCCUCCGCAGGGCUAGUGAACCUCGCCGAGAAGUCGCCGCGGGACAAGAUAGACGAGAGCCCCAGCACUGGAGGCGGGGCAGCCUGUCAGCUUUCUGAAGAAGCUCGAGCGACUUUCGCCGCCAUGUAUGAAACGUUCUGCAGCGCGGUGGCGCCCAACGUAUGUCAGCUCCUCAAGUCCCGACUCUUCGACAGCGGCGUGUUCCACGAUCUGCUCUUCCUCGCGCAAGAGCGAGCUGCCCGAAACCUGAAGCCUCUCCGCCUCCCCCAUCUCGGCCGGGUCCUCUUCGCGGAUCAUCAAACGCCAGAGCACUUCCAGUCGCGUCAUCAGAAGCCUGCGGAGUCUCUUAUAGGCGCCGUGGGCGCGACGCUGGACGAGGCCAUGAAAGAGCAGGCGGCGAGCGGCUUUUUGUUCGCGACCUGGCCAGUGCCUGACUCCUCGAGCCGGUGGAAGCACGUUGCCGCGAGCUUGCAAAUGGUAGUCGACUGCGACUUGUUUGCGCCGCCGCAGCAGUAG